AUGGGCCAAGUCUACGAGCCGUUGAGCACUGGUCGCACCCCGUUGCCGAGCAUGCAUCCUCCUCGAUGUACCGCCGGGCCCUCUCUGUUGCGCAAUUCAGACUCUUACACGCGUGGGGCAGGUCCACAGGCCGCCGAGACUACCAGGCCCGUGAACAAAGCUGUGACAGGCCUCGAACGCCGCGAGACAGAGGGAUUCAGUUUCCAGCCUCCUCCCGGGGCAUACCACCAGCCCCAGAGAUCCCAGGAGAUGGGAACAAGGCAAGCCGAGACAUACAUGACCGGUCCCCAGAGAGACUUCCAGCCUGGAAGAACCUCCUCCCACCCGGUGCCUGUGCCUAGCAACAACUGGCCUACUUCAUUCUCCCCCGAGGAGAUCCGUCAGGUCCAGACUAUCUACAGCAUCACCUUUGGUGCCACCUACACAGGCAAUAUUGGGAGUUUUUACCACCGCCCCGUCCCCCAGCAACUUAUUACCGCAUCGAUUCGCUCCUCCGCCUCUCCAGGUAUGCCCCCGUCCAACACCUUCGGUCCACAACACCAUCAGAACGUAGGAACUGCUUCCCGACUCCUGCCCCCCAUCUUCAGCACGGGCUACGGGCACCGCUCAUCUGACAAGAACGAAAAGAUGACCCUCGAGGAUGAGCGACUCUGGAACCUGCCCCACAGCACCUGGCUUCACAAUCACGACGUCUCCGUCAUACGCCAAUUCAAGGGAGAUUUGCUCCCUCUCAGCCAGUUCUGGGACGCGUUCAACCUCUAUUGCUCGCAGAAUAACAUCCAGCAUGCUCACCGCGCCACCAACCGGUUCGUCGACCAGAAGUGGCAUCUUGAUAUCAAGGAGAGAGAUGCUCGCCAAGCGGAGCGGAAGAAGGAGCACGAGUAG